CCUCCUAAUUUUGCUGCUUCAGCUAAAAAUUAAUCACAAUGAUCACCAGAAACUGAAAACAAACUCAAUUACCCAUGCUAAUUAAUUAAAACUCCAUAAUAAUUAAUAAUGACUUCUGCUUCUUCUCAACGUAGCCAUCGCAAAUCCGUGACUUGGCUCUUCUUUAUUUUAUUAAUCAUUUAUCUUCUUUACUCUUCAAAGCUCAUUCUUAAUAAUGAUGAUUCUUCAGAUUGUGUUAAUACUUCCUCUAACAUUUCAACCACUGAAGCUUUUUCCACGAACUCGUCUUCACUCACUUUUCAAGAACGACAAGAAAGAACCAAAGAAUAUGUUCGAGCAAAGGAGCCUGAGCUCAAACAUAUUGUAUUUGGAAUAGCUGCAUCAUCAAAUUUGUGGGAGAAAAGGAAAGAGUAUAUAAAAUUAUGGUGGAGACCGGGGGAAACAAGAGGAGUUGUUUGGUUAGACAAAAAUGUAAAAACCAACAGAAAUGAAGCUCUUCCUGAUAUUAAGAUUUCAGGUGACACGUCGAAGUUUCUAUACACGAAUCGUCAAGGGAGAAGAUCAGCAUUGAGGAUUUCCAGGGUAGUUUCAGAGACAUUAAGGUUGGGUUUGAAAGAUGUGAGAUGGUUUGUAAUGGGAGAUGAUGACACAGUUUUUAUUGUAGAAAAUGUGGUUAGAGUUUUAUCAAAGUAUGAUCAUAACCAAUAUUAUUACAUUGGUAGCUCUUCAGAAAGUCAUGUCCAGAAUAUAUUUUUCUCAUAUGCUAUGGCUUAUGGGGGUGGUGGAUUUGCUAUUAGUUAUCCAUUGGCAAAAGAGUUAGAAAAAAUGCAAGAUCGUUGUAUUCAGAGAUAUCCUGGAUUAUAUGGUAGUGAUGAUAGAAUUCAAGCUUGUAUGGCUGAACUUGGAGUCCCCCUUACCAAAGAACGUGGAUUUCAUCAGUAUGAUGUAUAUGGGAACUUACUAGGCCUAUUGGGAGCACAUCCAGUAACUCCACUUGUAUCACUUCACCAUCUUGAUGUGGUAGAUCCAAUAUUCCCAGGAAUGAGCAGAGUUUCCGGCCUCCAACGCCUAUUUGAAUCUGCAAAACUCGACUCAGCUAGCCUAAUGCAACAGUCAAUUUGCUAUGACAAAGAAAGAUAUUGGUCAAUCUCAGUAUCAUGGGGUUAUGUGGUUCAGAUCAUUAGGGGUAAUAUUUCUCCUAGAGAACUCGAAAUGCCCACAAGAACAUUUCUCAAUUGGUACAGAAGAGCUGAUUAUACAGCUUAUGCAUUCAACACUAGGCCUGUUACAAAGCAUCCUUGCCAGAAGCCUUUUGUGUAUUACAUGAACACAGCUAAAUAUGAUCGAACGAGGAAGCAGAUAAUUGGGAUUUAUUAUCGACAUAGAGAGCCUUCACCUUAUUGCAGGUGGAAAGUUGAGUCACCUGAGAAUAUCAACAACAUUGUUCUGUUGAAAAGACCAGAUAGCAACCGAUGGCAGAAGUCUCCAAGGAGGGAGUGUUGUGGUGUUCUACCAUCAAACAAUAACUCAAAAACAAAUCUGUACAUGUGGGUAGGCAGUUGCAGAGAUGGUGAAAUCAGUGAAUUGUAGCUGUUAGAGAAAGAGGCUUUAGUUCUGUUGCCUACUCCAUUUUUCUUGUUUAUCUUUAGUCUUUUUCUUAGGCCAUAAGCUCUGGAUUGGAAAAGGAAGAGACUGUUCUGCAUUAAAGGAGAAGACUUGGAAAUUUGCAGUUCAGUGGUACCAGAAAGUAUGGCCAUAGAAGCUACAGAAACACUGGAAGUAAAAUGAAUUUGCGGCACCUGAAUUUUUCAAUUUUUUUCCUGUGUAAACGUGACACCAAUUUGACCAUUGUAGUUUUUUUUACAA